GACCAUUGAUGCACCUGGAAUGGGUUUCGACCCAUCAUUGUUUGCUCAAAUGGACUACUGCUGCUUGCUUCUCUGGAGGGAGCUCUGGGCAGUCUGUUUCCCACUGACAGCCCUUGCAGAUAGUGCAGUGUAAGGAGGACUGGCAAAUGUGGCUGCUCUACCUGAAAUCUGCAUUAGACAGGCAGACUGGAACUGACGUUCUCUACAGUGCUUUUAGAAUGUAAUGCAUCGAAUCUUGGACCAGUCCAGACGUACAUGAUUUCCCCAAAAAACUUGCACUAAAUUAACCUUGGUGGUAAACUGUAACUCUCUGGUGCAGCCGUCAUUAAGAAUUUCAGUGUCUUGUUUUAGAUAAUUAGUUUGCAAUCUGUUCUUUCAAUUACAUUAGUAAAUGUAGAUUUAUAUAAUUAAAGACAAUUUCUAUUAAGAUAUCCAGCUAAAUGUUUUGCAGAUAUAAAGGAUCCUUGCAGUAUCAUCCAGGAAGAAUAUUAUGUGAAGAAUCUGAUGGUGCACAGAUGACUGGAGUGAAUGAUCCAACCUGUUAUUUUUCCUUGAUCUAAAUUGUAUGUUUUUAUCCCUGAUGAACUUGGACCUCUGGACAAAACCAUUGACUUCAGAAUUGUUGGCUUCAGCAAGCAGAAACUGGCACGCCAGCGUCUCGGCUUUCUAAGUUUAAGAAAAUUUGGCAUGUCAUUGAAAACCCGUUAACAAAUUUCAACAUAUGCACUGUGGAAAGCACCUUGACUGGUUGCGUUAUGGCCCGCCACAGCAAAUCCAAUGCAAAAGAAGGCAGGAGGAUGCAGAGAGUGGUGGACUCAACCCAUCCAUCACGGGAACAGCUUUCUCUCCACCAUCGAAAAUCUUCAGGUGUUGUUGAAGAUAUCGCUCCUGCUGUUUUGUGGGGUUUUUGUUCCCGUCUGCUGUGUUGACUGUGAUCUUGACCAUUGUAAAAAUGAGGGCACCUGUGUGGUUGUUGAUGGGAUUAAUCAAUGCAACUGUCUUCAUGGGCUCAGAGGCGAGACUUGUGAAGAUAUAAAAAUGGAAGUCAAGUGUGAGCAAACCUACAUAAAAGUACUAAUCAUCAAAGAUUACUUUGAUUGGAAAAAUGUCAGCAUGGACUCUGUACAAUUGGCUGAGGAUGCCUGCAAAGCUGCAAUAGAAGUUGUAAAUGGAGAAGAAUAUUAUAGCAUCAGUAUACAUCAUAACAAUUAUUCAUCUUGUGGUACGGUUGUGCUGAGUAAUGCAACACACAUCAUGUACAUGAACGGAUUGGAGACUCGACAUACAACAGGCAUUAUCACCAGGCUUCCUUCUGAAACAAUUGACUUCACUUGUGUGUACCACCGUGAAAGGACAGUGCAACUUGCAUUUCCAAUCCAGCCAAGGACUGCAGUUGCAGUGCUGCAUGUGCAAGAGGGACUAGUCACAGUAUCAAUGGCACUCUAUCAAAGUCCCAAGUAUGAGACUGCUUAUGUGGAAUUGCCAGUCAUACCUUGGUUGGAAAGAUUGUACAUCAGUUUGAAGAUUGAACCUGGAGAGCAAAACUUCUUUGUUUUGACUAUAAAUGAUUGUUGGGCUACACCAACCAAACAUCCAAAUGACUCUCCUCAGUAUUACUUAAUAAAGAAGGGAUGUCCUGCUGAUGAAACUGUGCAGUAUCAUAAUCAAAUCGGGAAUGAGACAACAGCCAACUUCAGUGUGCAAAUGUUUCGUUUCACCAAGUAUCCAGUCGUGUUCCUGCAUUGCAGGACUGAAAUUUGUGUUCCUGACAGUCUGGAGCCUUGUAUGAGUGAUUGCCUGAGCCAAUCAUCACUAAAAACCAAAAGGGAAACCCACACUGACUACAAAGGGUUAUUGACUUAUGGACCUAUUCAAUGGACCCAUCUUAAGUCGCACAUGCCUGAAGUUCAUAAACCUAAUCUUGUGCUUGCUACCAUUCCUGGUAUAGUUGUGAUAUCUUCAAUGGUGUUCCUUGUCCUUGCAAUUACUUUGGCUAAAGUAAUGAGAAAGUAAAUUGACUUUACCUUUAAUUGUUUACCGUUUAUAAAAAAAAAAAAAUUUAAAACAUUGUAAGAAUAAACCAUUACCUAACUAA